GUUUCCAAGACAACGCAAACUAAACUCAAAGCGAGCUUUUUUCUCACCAGUUAGCAGUUUCUUUAGAAUAUUUACAUUUUUCCAGCGGUUUAAACCCAAAUGGAAGAAUAUUAUUAAACAUAAAUAUGGUGAAGGAAGAAAAAAAAGGUAAAGAAGAGGAAAAUAAGGUUUCCAGCUGAAGCAUCAACAUCACAAGGGGACCUGAUGAGCAGGAAGGUCAUGGAAGAGGUUUCUGAUAAAACACGUGACGUCACAAACAGCAGCAGGAGUGAGGUUCAAACCGGGUUCAAACCCGCUGCAGGGAGGGACGACAGCCCAGAGGCACAGCGAGUCCUCCAGGAGCUGGAGAAGGAGAACGAGGACCUCUCCCAGAGAAGUAGACAGCUGCAGAGGAAGCUGGCAAGAUACGUCUGCAAAGCUGCAGAAGCAAACGCCAAGCUGAGGAGGAGCCCAGACCUGCCCAGGGACCGGUACGAGUACGAGGUCUGCAUCCGGACCCUGAGCGCCCUGAAGCAGCAGGUCACGGCGGACUCAGAGUCCGCUCACCUGCAGGCCGAGGAGCUGAGCUCACAGCUUCAGGAGAAGCUGGAAAAGGUGGAAACUGAGCAGCAGGAGUUGGAGGCUCUGUGGCGCUCGGCUGUGGCGGCGCUGAGCCCCCAUCUGGGUGAAGAAGCAGCUCGGGUGGAGGCCAGCCUGAGAGCAGAGAAACUCACACAGGACAGGCUGUCCCAAGUGCGGCUGAAGCACUUCAAGCUGACGUUAAGGAUCUGCAGGCUGGAGGCGGAGCUCAGGGAAGAGGAGGAGGAAGAGUUCAACAGGGAGGUCCUGGAGGUCAAAAACCAGCAGCUGGAGGCUGAGCGGCGGCAGAAGGAACUCACUGAAAGAAAAGCUGCAGAGAUAAAACAGCUGAUAAACGAGAACAUCAGGGUCUCCCAGGUCCUGCCAAAGGUGAAGGAGAAGCUCUGCCAGAUUCAGGUGGAGGUCCAGAACAAGCAGCAGCAGCUGGCAGAGGUGGAGGCCGUGGUGAUGGAGAAGAAGGACCUCCUGACCCGGACCAGACAGGCAGGCGAUCACCGGAAAAUCAUCUGUCAUCGGUAGACGGUGGAUCACCAGUUCUGAUCCAGAUUCCAGCUAAGAUGAGGAAAACAAAGACGUUCAUGGAUCUAUUUGUCUCGUAGUUCAUGAAUCAGAAUGGAGCGGAGCUGGGAGCUUGUGGCCCCUCCCCCAGCGUAUUUCCUAUGUCACAAACAGGAUUAGGAAAUACUCAAAAUGCAAUUUUAAUCUUAAUUUUUUUAUGUGUCCUGCAUCAUCAGAAAAAUGCUACAUGAAAAGGGUUAAAAACACCCAAAACACUUCAAAGCUGAGAUAACAAAAGGCCCCAGCUGUUCCUGGUGAAGUCUGCUUCCUCUGAGACUCCCGACACGAACCAGUUGAGCUGGAUCAGAAUGAAAAUGGGUCUGAAUCUACAGCUUGCAUUGACAGUCCUCUCCUGAUGGGGGCGCUGUGACCCACAGCUGCCCUGUCAUGCUCAGUGGCUGCAGCUGGACACUGCCUGGUUUAACAGUUUGGUGUUUUAAAAAUGUCAUUUCAUGGCUGUGAUUAAUGUCUGUAUUUGUUAGAGUCAAACUUUUACUGUGAUAAACUCAUUAACUAGAUAACGAUGGACUUCUGAAAUUGCAGAAUCGCUAAACCUCAGAUGACCUUCUGUGACCUUAGGAUUAAUUUGAGAGCAGUUUGUGUCUUUAACUCCUUUUUGACUUAAAGACAUUUAGAGGAGCCAGUUUUAGUGGACAAGAACUGAAGUGUCAGGAUUCACAGAUACUAUCAAUAAAUAAAUAAAUAAACGAUUUAUUUGAGAUAAAAACAAUUUUCUGCAGACACACUUUAAAGCUGAAGGUCAGAGAAACCAGAUGCAUCAAUGCUUCUCAUGUUUAGGAGAACUGCAGUCCAGAACGUCCGUGUUUGUGACUGAGCUUCACAACCAGGAAGUGAUUCUGAAAUCCACUAAAGGCCCGUACACACAGGGACGAAUAUUCGCCAGCCGUUAUUCGCAGCGUUUUUCAACACGUCAUUAUGCCCGCUUUAAAUGACGCAUUUACGCGUGACGUUUUUUGCGUCGGUGUGCACACUCACAUUGUUGCCCUUUGUUUAGUCACAAAGCGUUAAACGUCGGCAAAUAUCGCGCGCAAAAUUCGUCCCGGUGUGAACGGGCCUUUAUUCUGAUGCUAUACCUGCAGUUACACCAUGUAGAAAGCCAAGCAACAUCCCCUGCAAGAAGGUUGUGACCAGCCCCACUGAAGCUAAUCUCCAACUUGCUGCACUUAAAGUCGGAUCUUUAUGUAACAAAUAAUUUUUAAUCAGUAAUUUCUUCUCUUCUUAAAAUCUGGAUUUUAUGUUGUCAACUGAAACAUGGCUUGAAAAAAAACAGGAAACAUCGUUCUAGUCGAUUCAGCUCCCACCAACCACAAAUCUAAAUCUGAAGAACGAGAAAGUAAAAUAUAUGGAGACGUUUCUGCACUGUUUAGAGAUAAUAAUGUAACCUACAGAUUAUAAUUAGGUGUUGUAGGUUUCCAAUAAACCUAUCAGGGUGACCACAAAACUUCCCCCGCCCCUGUCUCAUGUCAGAUGUGCUAAGUCAUUUAAAGUACAGAAUGUUGCGAUUUUAGCUAGCGCACACAUUUUUAUCGGAAUGUCCUGAAAAUGAAAUAUGCGAUUCCCUGGCCCACACUGAACA